AUGGCUUCAUGUUCAAGGCCAUCAAAGGAACUCAAAUUGGAUAACACAAUAGGGUUAGGCCCAAAUUGGGUUGAACUUCCAAGAGAUUUGACAUCAAAGAUACUCCAUAUGCUUAGUGCCGUAGAAAUUGUGAUUAAUGCACGUCAAGUGUGUCCUAUGUGGCGGAACAUUUGUAAAGAUCAUCUCAUGUGGCGAACCAUUGAAAUGAUCGGUGGACGCAAAUCGCCACAUGAUUUGGAAAAGAUUUGUAUGUUUGCUCUUGAUCAUGGUCGUAAUCAUGUGGAAGAAAUAAAUAUUGAAUAUUUCGCUAGUGAUGAACUCAUCAAACAUAUUGCUGAUAGAACUGGUAAUUUGAGACGCAUGAGGAUCUCAAAAUGCUUAGAUAUUUCGGAUAAAGUAAUGAGUGAUGCUGCCAAAAAGUUUUCACUAUUAGAAGAGCUUGAACUUUCAUUCAACGAUCUAUCUAAGGAUUCUCUUGAAGCUAUUGGUGAAAAUUGUCCACGUUUGAAAAUAUUGAAAUUUAACAGAACCUACAAAGGCAUUAAUUGUAUGUCAUACAAAGGUUUCAAAUGUGACAAAGAAGCACUUGCUAUUGCAAAAACAAUGCCUAAGUUACAACAUCUUCAACUUUGGGGAAACAAGCUCACAAAUGAGGGUUUAGUUGCAAUUCUUGAUGGUUGUCCUCUUCUUGAAUCUCUUGAUUUGCGCUUUUGUUAUAAUAUUGUUUUGCGUGGAAAUUUGGAGAAAAGGUGUUAUGAGAAUAUUAAAGAUUUGAGACAUCCAAAUGAGUAUAUUGAUGAAAAUGACGACGACGAUGAUUUUGUUUAUGAAUUUUAUUGUGAAUGUCGUGUUAGAGGUAGCAAAGGAAUGAAGGGGAAGAAGAUCACAAGGAUGGAUUAUUAUAAGUUUCAUUAA